AUGCGACAGUUCAUAAUCACCGACAUCAUUCAAGCAAAGGCGGUCCAGCGUAUAAAAAGCAUGAGGGUCAAAGGUUUUGGAGGAGGAGGUGGGUUCCCAAUCCCAAUUCCAGCCGAGAAAGCUAAGAGUCUUAUGGAGAGAGACUUGGGGCUCUACGUGAACCAACUCGAGACGGCAAAGACAGUGUGCGAACGCCAGAUCAGGAAACUGGGCGGAGAGGACCACGAACCGACCGAGACUUCGGCGGACAAAGUCUACGAGGGUUCGUCGCAGACCGGGGAGAAAUCAAUCUCCCUCCUCCCGUUUGACGUCAUAAUGAACAACCGAAUCGCUCAGAACUUCUUUCUCGACUUUCUCAAGGAGUGUGGCUACGCUCACUUGGUCCAAUUCUGGCGAGAAGUCAAGAGACUCGAUGCUGACCAUCCGGACACCCUCCAUAAACUCGUGAGAGAGCUACUGGAGCGCUAUCUCCUACCAAAAGCCGAGUGCUCCCUCUUUCCCGAAGAGGAAGUGGUCGCCGAAAUUCAAUUUCAUCUGGAGGCAGAGGUAGUCAGGUGUCUUCCUCUACUUCUCAGAAUCCAGGGAGAAGUCUACUUGGAGCUCCAGGAGCACUUUUAUGUCAGUUUCACGUGCAGCGGGUACUAUAGGGAGCUCCUGCAGCAGAUUUAUGGAGCAACAGAGGGGGACAGCCCCGAGCUGUUAGAGCUGGGGAAAUUCUCGGAAGCGGUGCCGAGAGAAUCCGCGGUGCUUGAUCCAACAAGCGAAGAAAACCAGUACAGAAUAAAGCUCCAGACGCUCAAGAUGGACCUGGAAGAGACGGAGGACAUGCUCACCACUAUGCCCGAAAAUGCCGGGACCGGCUCGCUCGCCCAACGUAAGAAAGCCCUCAACAGGGACCGACUGUACCUCAACACCGAGAUAAAAAAGUUGGAGCACUACAUCGACCAUACGGAGGAGUGGUUUGGAACAAUCGGGAAGUGGUCGGUGGACGUUCACUCGGUCGAUGUCUCGGGUGAUAACGAGAGAGACCCGCUCUUUGUCAUUGUAGUUCAUCGACCACAGCCUUCCCCCAGAGGGAGGGUAGCGGAGGAGGAGGAAAUGGGGGAGGAGGAUGAAAGUUGCAGCAACACACCCGAUCACUGGGCACUGCAAGAAGACACGGGUAAACGCGGGAGUACGUCUCCCCUAUCUCAAUCCAGCCCCGGUCUUCCGUUCUCCGGCGGAGCAAGUCUGAGUCCACAUAAACGGAGAAGUGGAUCAACUGAAUUUGAUGGUGACACGUCGUAUGACGUCGUUGACGAGGCUGAGGCUUUGAGGCAGCAGCAGCAGGGCGGCUGGGUUGUCGGGCGGCGAGUGUCGGACUUUGAACAGCUCCACUCCAAGGUCGUUGAGAUCAGUCCCGCGCUCACACUCCCGCCUGUUCCGAAACGCCUGAACCCGUUCCACAAACCCAUAUCCUCGUCGAAAUUCUGGGACAAGUACCGUCUGGUGCUCCAGUCCUACCUGAUAAAGAUCCUAAGAGACUCGCGACUGCAAGAGAGCGAGGAAGUGUUCAACUUUCUGAGCCCGGCGUCUGAAAAUCUCCGCCAGUCAAGUCUCAUCCACCCGGAGAGGAAGAAGCAUCCUUUUUCGAUCUCAGUUCCUCUCUUCUCAAAAGACGAUGAGGAGUCGACAAUCACGGAGCACAUGUACGACCUCAUGAGCGAGAUUUUUGAGCUGGACGAGUGGAGCAGGGUCCUCAGGAAACAGCUUAUGGAUCUUGUGCAGCUAACCUACGGCAAGAACCUCCACCGCUCUGUGCAAGAAAGCAUCAACUGGGUCAUUUCCGAGCCCAUGCUGGGUUUUUACCUGGAGGCUUUUCGGGAUACCAUGUGGCCAAACGGCACGCCUGCGGCUCCCUCCCCAAUCCGCAGCGACGAGCAGAAACAGCACACAAAGUACGAGGCAAAGAAGAAGUUUUUGAAGAGCUCGCCGCAGGGUAUCCAGACCAUUCUCGGUCAGAGGAACUGCCAGAUCGGGAUACAAAAAAUCUUUGAGGCACUGCAGGACCAGAGAGCCAACAAGCAACUCUUCUACUCACUGUUUGAACUGCUGCUCUAUGCGCUAAUCCCCGAACUUGAAACAGUCGAGAUUGAAGACACAGUUGCAGACUGGAAGGCCGAAUUAUAG